GUCCACGGGCUCGGGGGAGGGGCCGUUGGGGCGGGAGGGUAGAAAGAGUCGGGAGUCCCAGGGGCCAGGGACGACCCAAGACAAGACAAUCGCAGGUUCUAGGAGAGUCCAGACCGCGGCAUGGCAUGUGCCCGUUUCCCGCUGCUCCUCGGCCUCGUGGGAGCCUCCCUCGCCCUCGUGGGAGCCUCCCUCGCCCAGCCUGAGGAACGCGGCAUCAUCCCCAUUUUCCCACUGCUGCCGCCCAUCACCUGUUACCACACCGAGAUGCUGUACCUUGGGCGGAAACUGAAUUCGGAGCCCGAGCUUUGGAUCUCCAGCCUGCAGCACUCCAGGCUCUGUGAGACGUGGGAGGUGUGUCAGGAGACCCUGCUGAUGCUGGAGACAGGGCCCCAGUCACUGAUCUUGGGCAGUAAGGGCUGCACACCAGCAGGGAACCGGCUCUCCGGGGUCACGGAGCACUUGGGCCCAGCAGGAAUCAUUAUCACCUCCUACAUCCACUUCUGCAAUAUCAACUACUGUAACAACUUAACCAGCACAGACCCGGUGCUGAGACCCAAGGCUCGCCUAGUCACUGGAGACCCAGACAAUGCCUUGCACUGCCCAACCUGCUUGGCCUUGUACUCCUGCCCCAAAAAGGUCCGCCUGCGUAGGUGCAGUGAGAAGGCCGUGAGGUGCUACAAUGGAACCAUCCAGAUCAAGGGAGAAGGCACCUCGUAUGACCUGGGCUUGCUUGGCUGCUCCACUGUGCCCAGCUGUGAGUUAUUCCUCGGCAUGAAGACAAUCGGCCCAUUCACCCUGAGUGAGAAGUGUCUGGACCACCACAGUGACUUUUGGCCAAGGAGACAGGGUGCCGCUCGGCCCAGCUGGGCCUGGACCCUUGGGCUGGGACUGCUUCUCACCCUGUAAGCCGAGGCAUCCUCAGAACAGACAUCCCUUAGAUUCUUGCAGGAAGAGGUGCAGCGGGGAGCCCCCGUAGGCCCAUGGGGCUGCCUGGGGGCCAGAAGAAAAGGCCCUGAGAUCCCAGGGGCAGGAGGUGUGCCCAAAGUCCCACUAACCCCAACACAAAGCCGUCUGCUGAUUGGUAUUCGAUAAAGAUUUAAAUGUA